UACAGGGGCAGAGAGAGAUUUAAGAAUUGAUAGGUGGUCGAGUUGUGUUUGGCCGGGUGGAUAUGCGCAAGCAAAGUCGAGGAGCUUUAUCCCCCCUCUCUUGUGGGAUUAUUGCCAGCGAUGGACAGAGAGAGGAAGGAGGAACAGCGGCUGGUGUUUCUUGAUUUUCCCAGUUAUAAACGCGCUGAGCAUCGCAAAGAGACACUGACCUUAUAAUUAGCGCAUUAGGGAGCCUUUAUUACUGUUUGGAAAAUAGGAAAAGUUAGGUGUGUUACAGAGCCCCCACAGUGAACGGAUCCAAAAAGAAACCAUGACGACCGAGAGCUCCAAGCAACAUUUGGAUCCAUCUAAUCCUCGCUCUAGCCCAGCAGCCGAUGCUCUGAAUGUAGCUCUGCUGAGCGCACAGCCAGUGAUGGAGAGCGCGCACAACGCAUCACCCAAAUGGAAAAAGGGAAACUCUGGCUUGAGGCGCCCUGAAAAGCCUCCCUACUCAUACAUCGCCCUCAUUGUGAUGGCUAUCCAAAGUUCACCGACCAAAAGGCUCACUUUGAGUGAAAUCUAUCAGUUCCUGCAGGCCCGCUUCCCCUUCUUCAGGGGAUCAUACCAGGGAUGGAAAAACUCCGUCAGACACAACCUGUCUCUCAACGAGUGUUUUAUAAAGCUUCCCAAGGGUCUCGGUAGACCUGGCAAGGGGCACUACUGGACCAUCGACCCGAGUAGUGAGUUCAUGUUCGAGGAGGGCUCCUUUCGUCGCAGACCUCGAGGGUUCCGUCGGAAAUGCCAAGCUUUGAAACCCAUGUACAGGAUGAUGAAUGGUAUCGGCUUUGGUGCGUCCAUGCUGCCGCAAAACUUUGAUUUCCAACCACCUUCAGGCUCGUUAGCAUGUCAUAACAGCUACAACAUAGACCUGAUGGGUAACACAGUGCCAGGUGGCUUCGAAGGACUCGGAGGAGGACAUCACGUCCCACACAUGUCAUCAGGCUCCGGGUCAUCGUACAUGGCUGCAUGUCAGGUUGCCUCUAAUGCGGACUAUUGCCCGGACAGCAGCAGCAGCCCCCUGCAGUCCUCCCCGGCGAUGGUAGGCACUUUGGACUGUCAGUCUCCUUAUGCAAAUGCAGCCUCACACUGGAGUUCACCUGGCGUGUCUUCGUACAUCAAACAGCAAUCGCUUGCAUCAAGCAGUCCCACUUCUUCUGCUCUGCACACGGGGAUGUCGUCUUACUCUCUGGAUCAAGGCUACCUGCACCAUAACGCACGAGAUUCGUCUGAUUUAUCAGUGGGCCUGUCUCGAUACUCCAGCCACUCAGCUCCUGUGUGUGACAGGAAGGACUUCGUUUUGAACCUAAACGGAAUCUCUUCCCUCCACCCCAGCACCGGCGGAUCUUACUAUCACCAGCUCCAUCACCAUCACCAAAGUGUCUAUCAGGACGUAAAGCCAUGCGUCAUGUGACAAAACCCCAAAGACAGAACUGUCAGGAACAUCUCUCCUCGGGUGGAGUUACUUUAACGCAAUCUUUGGUGACCUUUGGUUCAGAAAGGGAGAUUUAAUUCCCUCUGAGUCACUGUCAGUGAACUUUGACCUCUUCUAUAACCGUUAGUAAUGGUUAUGAUGUGAGGGCUUGUUGCCACCAUACACUCUCGUUACAUGGCUGACUUUACACAUAUGAAUAAGCAAUAUCAGCAUUUUUACUGAAGGAAACAUACGUACACGUACCUGAAUUAAUCUUUAUUCAUGCACUUAAGUUUGUGUUCGCGAAGUUGCUAAAAUUGUUGCUGAUUUCCUGCAGCAGGCCACGACAGAGAUUUAUUUUUAAAGGGUGAUAUGGAAGUGUUUUUUAGCAAUAAAAGUUUUUUAUACA